AUGCUAACCGAAAAAAGCUUAGAUGAUAGCUUAAAUGAUUCAUUACAACCAUCUUAAUUGAAGAAUCUCGAAGAAGAAUUUGAGACAAAUUAAAUGAUGAAUCAAGAAAGCUCUGUUAAAUUGGAAAAUAGUUCAUCAUAUAAUUAUGUAAAACCUUAAUGUUCGUAUCGUUAUACUUAUUCAUCAGAAGAAUAUUCAUCAGAAAAAGAAGUGGAAAGAAAAUCACCUUACCAUUUUUAAAACCCUUAAUUUCUGACUUUUGGGUAAAUGGAUUCAAAUUUAGGAGAAAUUAAAUAGUUGAUUAAAUAACAUAAUUAUUAAUAAGCAUACAAAGAACUAAUAAGAUUUCAAGAAGUAAGAUAGGAUUAAUUAUCAUAAGAAAACCAAUAAUAUUUAUAAUAUCUCUUUACUUAAAUCUACUUUGGAUUAUAAAAAUAUCGUGAAAUGUUUGCAAUGGCUAAUUAAUUAAUUAAUUUUGAUCUUGAUUAUGUUAGUCAUAUAUUAGAUAUGUUAAUAAAUGCAUCUUUAUUGAUAAACAAUUAUGAAUUAGCACUUUAAUAUUAGCUUUAACUAAUAAAUAAGUCAAAAUUUGACUCAAAUGAGCAAUAAAGACUUGGUAAAAUUUAUAUGUUGUUGGGAAAACCAGUAGAAGCUUAUUUUAGUUUUCUAGGAUCAUUUAAGGCUGGAAAUCAAUAAGCAUUAGAAUAAUUAAUUGAUAUUGGAUUUGAUGUAGAUUAAAAGGCAUAUAAAGAUCUUGCUUAUAAGUAUAUCAGCAAUAAAAAUUAAAACAACCAAAAAAUUCUUGCUAAAACCUUUUUUAAUCUAGCAAAGAUUGAAUUCCCAAAUAAAAUUUCUUUAUAACACCAAGAGUCUGGAUAUGAAAUAUUAGUUUAAGUAAAUGGAUUGAAUGAUUAAAAUACAAUUGCAGCCUUAUGUAAUCUAGCAAAUAUGAGAAUCUUAUUUUAAUAAUGGUUAGAAGCUGAAAAAGAUUUUGAAUAAUGUUUAUAAAUAAUUUCAUAAUUAGUAGGUUAAGCAAAUAGUUAAUUUUUAUUCUGUUUGCAAAAAUUAUCUUAAUGUUAAUUUUAAUUAAAAAAAUAUGAAUAAUCUUUACAAAAUUUAGAAAGAUGUAUUAAUUUGUCAUUAUAAUCAACAACUAUUAUUAAUAAAGAAUUUUUAGAUAGAUUAAUUUUUAAUAUGACAUAUAUUAAAAUUAUUACAAAAAAAAAUUGUUCUGAAACCUUAGCUAAAUUAAUAUCUACUCAAAAUUCAAUAUUAUUAAAUGAAAUUGGAAUUAUUUUAUAAAAAUAUGAAUAUAUUGAUGAAGCUAUCUAACUUUAUAGUGAAGCGUUAAAUUGUUGUUCAAAUAAUCAAACUGUGUUGAUUAGUUUUAACUUAGCUGGUUGUUAUGGAUUAAAAAAAGAUUAUUAAAGGAGUGUUGAUCUAUAUAAAACAUGUGCUUUAGAAAUGGAUGAUAAAUUAAAAUGUGAAAUUGAACGAAAAAUUAGCUCAGUUUACUAUUCCUGUUCAAAAUUCAGGGAAUCUUUAUUUCAUCUCAAAAGAGCUUAUCAAUUAGCUAAAGAAUAUAAUUUAGAUUGUGUUUAGGAAAUUAAAGAAGAAUUAAAAAAAUUUUGA